AUGAGUUUUAAAGAAGGUUGUGGAUGCGGUGCACUGAAGGCUGUAACAGGUCACAGAGAACCCAUUCCCGAUGACAGCAAAGACAACAUCACCAUCUUCACCCGGAUCUUGGAUCGCUUGCUAGAUGGUUAUGACAACAGAUUGCGCCCCGGACUAGGAGAAAGUGUGACUGAGGUGAGGACAAACAUCUAUGUGACAAGCUUCGGACCAGUAUCAGACACUGAUAUGGAAUACACAAUUGAUGUGUUCUUCCGGCAAAGCUGGCGGGAUGAGAGACUGAAAUUUGAUGGGCCUAUGCAGGUCCUUCCACUUAACAACUUGCUCGCCAGCAAGAUUUGGACUCCGGACACUUUCUUCCACAAUGGGAAGAAGUCAGUAGCCCACAAUAUGACUACACCCAAUAAACUUCUGCGGCUGGUAGACAAUGGAACUCUUCUCUACACGAUGAGGUUAACCAUCCAUGCUGAGUGCCCUAUGCAUCUGGAGGAUUUUCCUAUGGAUGCCCAUGCCUGCCCGCUGAAGUUCGGAAGCUAUGCCUACACCAACAAUGAGGUUGUCUACAUCUGGACAGCAGAUGAUGAGAAAUCUGUUUCUGUGGCUCCUGAUGGAUCUAGACUCAACCAGUAUGACCUGUUGGGUCAUGUCAUUGGCAAAGAGACCAUCAGCUCCAGUACAGGAGAAUAUGUGGUGAUGACAACAUAUUUCCAUUUGAAAAGGAAAAUUGGCUACUUCGUGAUCCAAACGUAUCUCCCCUGCAUAAUGACCGUCAUUCUGUCUCAGGUCUCCUUCUGGCUGAACCGGGAGUCCGUUCCAGCACGUACCGUCUUCGGUGUCACAACUGUCCUAACCAUGACCACAUUGAGUAUAAGUGCCCGGAACUCACUUCCAAAGGUAGCCUAUGCGACAGCUAUGGACUGGUUUAUGGCAGUGUGCUAUGCUUUUGUCUUCUCUGCUCUCAUUGAGUUUGCCACUGUCAACUACUUCACAAAGCGAAGCUGGGCCUGGGAUGGUCAGAAGGAGGCCCAGGAGAUGCGGAGGCGAGAAUCGGCUUCCUUCUCCAAGAAAACCAACAACACUUUCAACAUCGUGGGAACCACCUAUAGCAUGAACGUAGCAAAAGACCCCGGACUGACAACCAUCUCCAAGAGCGCCACAUCCACAUCCACGUCCACCCCAUCCCAGCCAAUCCGAGAGGUCCGACUCCCCAAAAUGGAUGGUGAAUACGUGCCAGAGGGUGGAGGAAAGUCAUACAACCGCGUGAGCAAAGUGGACAAGAUCUCUCGUAUCAUCUUUCCAGUGCUUUUCUUCGUCUUCAACCUGGCUUACUGGGCCACUUAUGUCAACAGAAAGCCGACCAUCAACCGGUCCAGCCCACAGAAAUGAACAUGGCAACCGAAAACAAACAAAUAAACUGCCAGUCCAGUCUUAAUCAGUAACAUGAUGCUACUGUUAAUUUUCCUAUUUUUCCUUCUUUUUUUAUUUUAUUUUUACAACCAUGUGAUAGAAAAUUCUAGUUAGUAGUUUGUUGUUUGUUUUAAGUUUUUCUUUUUGUUUCAUAUUUGUGUGUGCCAUUUCAUGUUUUGCAUGAGGUAAAGUUUGACAGUAUUGCUGGUCUUGUGCAGAUGGCCAUUGUUUACCCACUUAAGCCCCUCCCACUCUCCACACACUGUGGGCUAAUUCCAAACAGAAGCAAGCAACCCUGUUUCCUACUAAGCAUUUGGAACUCCCUUGACGAAGGGAAUAACUGACCAAGUGAUACCUUGACUAUGCUGCGUA